AUGUGCAGUGCUUUGUUAAUUUUGAUGUUAUGGGGACAAGCAUUUGUUGAAAGCAUACGCAUAUUAGAGCUGAGAGUACCCGGUCAUGCUGCAGAGGGUGGACAGGCGUUACUCGGCUGCCAAUACGAUCUAGAGGGCGAUGAUCUAUAUACUGUCAAAUGGUAUAAAGAUGGCCGGGAGUUCUACCGCUUUAUACCAUCAAACUCCGAACCAUCCAUCUAUUUCACCAUGCCAGGCGUGUUCGUUGACUUAACCAAAUCAGCAAGCACAGUUGUAGCCCUAGACCAAUUGACUCAGGAGUCGGCUGGCCGCUAUCGCUGCGAGGUAUCAGGAGAAGCCCCAUAUUUUGUCACGGUGUCUGCAGAAAAAGAUAUUAUUAUCCAUCUUCUCCCUAACAGUGGUCCUCGACUGUCUGACUUGAACAAUGAAUACAAAGUAGGUGACAGGCUCGUUGUGAAUUGUACUUCAUCGAGAUCGCGUCCUAGGACACAGCUUAAGUGGUUAAUAAAUGACCAACCUGUGAGCUUUGAAUAUUUACGAGGUCCAUGGGAAAGAAUCUCAAGAGAACGAGCGGACGCAAGAGAAACAACCCUUGAACUUGAUUUAACAUUAUCGCAGAAGCAUUUUCGUGAAGGAGUACUCACACUCAAAUGUCAAGCAUCAAUCGCACCUCUUUAUCAAAACGAGGUAAUCCGACAUAUCCUACAAAUUCAGGAUCAGGAUCCGUUUUCAUUUAAUUCUGAAGAUAAUUUUGAUAAAAUGGUGGAUUUUGAGGAGAACUCAUAUCAAAAUAUCAUUCCUACAGCUGUGUCCCAAAACAAUAUUAUGACAGGAUGA